AAAAUAAUGUUUAAUAAUGAAGUUAAACUCAAAAGUGAAUUAAUGAAGAAUUUUGUUAAGUGAUGUUUGGUGAUAAGAAAUAAAAUGACUGGUGAACUAAAGUGAUGAAAUAAUAAUGAUAUAGAGAAGCAGAGAUCAAAAUGGCGGCAGUCGGGCAAAUCGUCGCCUCCUGCGUCGUUUUGAUGUUCAUUGGUACAGUGAACACGCUGAAAUCUCUGCACAUCUACGUCCCAAAGGCUGUGCUGUCUGGCACGAGCGCGGAGCUGAUGUGUACUUACGAGUUGGAAGGCGCCCAGCUGUAUUCUAUCCGGUGGUAUAGGAAUAUGAUGGAGUUUUACCGCUACGUGCCGAAGGAGUCGCCAGCCACGAAAGUGUUCCCCGUCGCUGAGAUCAAGGUCGAUGUGGCAGGCUCGGACGCGAACCGAGUGAUUCUAACAGAAGUAGACAGAACUCUGACAGGAGAGUACCAAUGCGAGGUGUCAGCCGACGCUCCGCUUUUUCACACGGAUAUCAAAGCCGCCGAAAUGGUGGUAGUAGAACCCCCACUGACAAGUCCGAACGUGUCGUCGGACCGCAUGUCGUACGUUGGCGGCGACCACAUCCAGGCCAACUGUUCGUCGCCGCCAUCUUUGCCCGCCGCCAACGUCACGUGGUACGUCAACGAGCAGAUGGUGCCUGGCUUCACAGCUAACCACGUGCUCAACUUCAGCAAUGGCUACGCUUCGAGUCAAGCCACUCUAGAGUUAGAGGCAGCCGCGCUCUCGCCCGUGCCUACUCUAAUGAUUCGGUGCGAGGCCUCCAUAUUCGACAUAUGGAAGUCGACGAGUCAAACCCUAGUGCUCCGGGAGCGGAGCGCGAACCCCGCUUCGGCUUUAGGCCGAAGUUUCACAGGCGCAGCAGCAGAAACACGCCUACCUACAAUAAUGGUACUACUUCUUCAAUUCUUCCUUAAAAUAUUAUUAGGAAAAUACGUCGAGACCUCAGUAAGAUAGCUGGUUUAGUUGAACCCGGAUUUAGUUAGUGAUUGCAUAAUGUAACUAAUGUA